GUAGAAAGGUAACUUGAACUAUAAAAGGAGAAGAGACAUUCUUUAGAUCAUCUGAACUGGAGAACAAAGCCAAAGGACUGAAGGGAGCAACAUGGCCGAUGAUAUAGAAGACGAGGACUUUCUCUUAUCGCAGCUAACGGCUGAGGAAAUAGCAGAACUAUCAGAAAUAAUCGACCCAGAUAAUGAGUUGCUGCCAGCUUCAGAUAGGCUACCACCACAGACUAAGAAGAAACCAACUGGACCUUAUGAUAGACAACACUUACUGGAACACCUCAGGAAAGAAGCACUGGCUUCCAAAGUUGGUGAUGACUACACUCCUUUCAUCAAGCAAAAGAGAGAGGAGGUGAGGGAGAAGAAGAAGGAGAACACUGCUCCAGCUGCUAAACCUAAGAACUACCUCUCAGAGUUUGAUGACAUCCUCUCAGAAAUGGAUGAUGAUCAACUUGCAGAACUAGCCCAGGAGCUAGGUAUUCAUGGCAUGUUAACUCAAGAUCAGAGUAGAGGGGACAUCACUGCCAGCAAGGUUUCUUCAUUCUCCACACAGAAACUAAAUAAGUUGUUAUCUGCUAAAGGUAAUGAUGAGAGUGAUCACGCUGAUCUUGAUCAAGUGAUUCAAUCAGUUCAAGAAGAUGAUCCCUCGUUGACUGAUCUUAACCUCAACAAUCACCCACUGAUCACUCCGGAGAUCAUACACCAGUUACUAACGGCACUGGAGGGCAACACACACGUUACUAAACUCUCUCUGGCUAAUAUCAAGUUCAACGACGACCAUGCUGCUAGUCUGGGUAGCAUACUGUCUGAUAACAGAUCACUGCUGAUGAUUAAUCUUGAUUCUAAUAGACUUGGAAAUGAAGGAAUAAGAGCUAUCAUGAAAGCUCUUGUUGAUAAUUUCACACUUCAAGAGAUAAGACUCUGUAAUCAGUACAGUAAAGGAGGUCACAGGAUAGAGGCUGAGAUUGGAAAGUAUUUGGAAAAGAACAAGACAAUACGAAAGCUCGGCUACUCCUUCACGUGCAAUGGCCCCAGGAUGGAAGUAGAGAAAUGGAUAAUGAGAAAUAUUGAUCUUCAGAGACAAAGGCGUAUGUAUGAUUCAAGGUGAUCCUCUCAUUUUAAUGCCACGCCCCCAGUCACAUGACUUGUCUCUGGUAUACUCUACUGCAGAAAACACUUCGUCACAAUUUCAUUUUAUUAUUGUUAUUAUUAUUAGUAUUAUUAUUAUCCACUUAUUAUAACUUAUCCAUUCUGUUUUCAUUUUUUCUUAUUUUUAGCAUUUAAACAUGCAAACAGCCA